AUGCUGAAGGUUCAGCAGUUGAGUGGACCUCUCCAGGUGACACUGGUCCUGUUUGUGUCUGUGACUCUGUAUGCAGAUCAGAUCUCAGAGCUGCUGAAGCCUCACAGGGUUUGUCUGGUGGCGCCUGUCGUUCUGAACCACUGCGGCCAGCCAAGUGGGAAGACGGCCAACAGGUUUGUGGUCCUGAGUCUAUGGAGAGGUUACCUGGUUAUAAUGAAGCAGCCAGUCAGGGUGGAGAGCACUUUCAGCUACUUGGAGAUUUGCUCCAUCAACAUCAACAGUCUCACAGAGAUUGAGUUGGAGACAGAGAGGCACAUUCUGUCUCUUAGUGUCUUGCACAUUGGGGAUCUUGAGGCCAUAGUCAGUCACAUGAUCGCCGCUCUGAAGAGGAUCUUCCCUGACUCAUCACCGGGAAAGCUGUUAAAGAAGAUUCCUCCAGGUCUGCAGCAGAGAUUCCUCACACUGACUAAUAUGAUAGAAGAGCAGCUGAAUGGUCAGCCGGGCUCCUGCGGUGGAUUCUCUGAUACCUAUGCUGCUCUGUGUGACUUCAACGAGAUGCCCUUUCGAGAGGAGAUUCAGUGGGACGUUGACAAUAUCUACUACAUCAACAACUGGAGAGAGUUCAACCUGCAGGACUUCAGCCACUUAGACAGCAGGGACUUGGCAUUAGCAGUAGCAGCUCUGUCCUUCAACCAGUGGUUUACCAAGAUCUACUGCAAAGAACUGAAACUGUCAGUAGACAUCCAGCAGCAGCUGACUUUCCUGCUGUCCAGAUCUUCCAAUCUUGAGGAUCUCUCACUGGAGGCCAGUGGACUCAAGCUGGACUUUGCAAUGAAAAUGGCAGCUGCCCUGAGGGAGAACCCCUCCUCUGCCCUGCAAUCCAUCAACCUCUCAGGCAAUCCAAUCGAAGACAAAGGUGUCAUAGCUCUCAUUCAGGAGUUGGGGAAUCUGGCUGAAGGACUCAAGCACCUUUCCCUGUCCCGGGUAUCAAUGACUGCUAGAGGUCUUGGUUAUCUGGGUCAGGUGUUAUCCUCCACUCAGCUGUUUUCAGCAUCUCUGACCCACCUCGACCUGUCUGGUAACACUGGGAGCCUGGUUACUGAAGAGGCCACGUUCCUCUUCAAGUACCUGUCCAGUACUAACUCUCUGUCUCAUCUGGACCUCAGUGAUACCAGCUGCCCUCUGGACACGCUAUUUGUGUCCCUGUCUGCUGGAUGUUGUUACAAACUGGAGUACCUGAACCUGGCCAGGAAUCAUUUCAGCCACAGGAAGGUGCGGGAGGUGACCAGGAGCAUUCGAGAGUUCUUCAGUCAGAGCUGUGAGCUCAAAUAUGUCGGCCUUUCUGCAACAAAGCUACCUCCACAAGCCCUCAGGUUAUUACUACAAGGUCUGGCCACCAACACACGUCUCUUUGGGCUGGAGCUGGACCUCAGCAGCUGUGAGCUACGUUCAGCAGGGGCCCAAGUGAUACAGGAGCACAUCUCUGAAGCUACAGCUCUCAGAAGUCUGGAUAUCUCUGACAAUGGUUUUGAGAACGAUAUGGUGACUCUGGUCCUGUCUGUUGGUCGAUGUCACUCUCUCCGACACAUCGCACUGGGAGGAAACUUUGCCAUGAAGUCCAGGGCUCUCACUGACGUUCUUCAUCGUAUUGCUCAGCUCAUUCAGGACGAAGAAUGUCCCUUGCAAUCCCUGUCGGUGUGUGACUCCAAGCUGAAGACGGGGAUGCGCAUCCUGCUGAGCGCUCUGGGCGGACACACUGCUCUGGCUGAAGUGGACAUCAGUGGAAACAACAUGGGAGACACUGGAGCCAAAAUGCUGGCCAAAGCCCUGACAAGCAACACCAGACUAAGGACUCUAACUUGGGACAGAAACAAUGUAACUGCCAGAGGUCUCCAGGAUGUUGCUGAUGCCUUGGAGAGGAACUUCACUCUGCAACAGGUGUCUGGUUUGGCUGAUAUCACACAGAGUUACCGCGGCAACCCUGACCGAACAAAAGAGGCUGUGCACAAGAUUCAGCGGUGUCUAGACAGAAACAAUCAAAGACAGUCUGAAAGAGUGGAACUUCAGCAAGCAUUUAGUGUCCAACAGUCUGAGAAGCAGGUCCAGCGUUUGUGCCAGCAGCUGGAGGACAGCCUUCGACGUUUGAACCACUGCAACAUUCAGGAAGUUCAGGACGACGUCCUGACAGCGUACGAGGUGCUGCACAAUGCCAAGGAGUCCUUCAAGCUGCUUCCUUGUCUGUAUGAGGCAGGCAGGACGUGUACCUCUGAUGGAAACUUGGUGAACCACAUCCUCACUGACGCCACUACUGCCCUCACUAAUGAAUUCAACAGAAGCAUACAGGAGUUGGCUCAAGGCCUGAUCAGGUGUGCAGAGGCAGCGUGUCCCCGGGUGGUCCAGCGGGCCAGUGUGUGUGAGUGUCUGUCAGAGUGUGUGUCCAAAAGAGGCAGACAAACACACACGUUCCUGAGAAGCACUCUGGUGGAGAACACAGGGCAGAUCAUCAGCAACAGACUGAGUGAACUGAGACAAACACUGAGUGUCUCUUUGGCUGAAAGCAUCAUGCAGCAGCUACUACAGGAUCUGACCAUGGCACAGAACAAAAUGGAUUCCCUUGUCAAAGAAAAUUCAUGCAUUGCUCUGAAAAACAACAUCCCAGAACUUCGAGUGGAUGAGAGCGACUUCCCAACUGAUGAUUAUAGUCCAGCAUUUUGGAGAAACAGUUUCCACUCCAAGAGUCUGAGGCCUGCUCCUUCAAUUAAGAGUCUCCUGGAUGCAGACUGGGAGCAGCAGAACAGGGACAGAGAACACGAGAGAGAGAGGGGUAGAGGUACUGGAGAGGAAGGAGGAGGAGGAGGAGGAGGAAGGUGUGGCCUCCCUUGGUUGUCGACAGCAACCCCCAUGUCAGUCAGGUUUGCAAGCCCCUCCCCUUCCCCGUCCCCCUCCCCCCCAGGACUGAGGGGGAGGAGGCGGAGGGAGGGGGAGGUGGUGGCAGUGGAUGCUGCUGCAGCAAUAUCAGGAGCGAGAGGAGCAUCGUUCAUUCCUCCUCCCAGUCUCCCCCUCCUUUACUCCGUCUCUGCUCAAGCUGCAAAAGAGGAGGCUGCCGGCCGCGGAGGCUCACCCAGACGACAGGCUCCCUUCCCCGGCUGUGGCCCCAGCCCAGGCCCCCUCCCCGGCUCUGGAUCCCCCGCUUCUUCCAUGGAGCCUCUACCCACCCAGGGACAGACUCUAAGGCACUACACCGCCUCCCGACCACGGCCACGACGCACACACACACAGCCGCCCUCCUCCAGGCCUCAGGAGCCGGUUUCAAAGGUAGAGAAUGAGGUCAGUGAGGUGAUGGGCAGAGUGGAUGAAGGAGUAGAGGAGUUCUUCACCAAGAAAAUCAUCCCUGACUAUGCACUAAAAGGCCGGUGGGAGGAGUCAAUCCCUGCCCAAGCCACUCCCCCAGAGUCAAGCUCCACCCCCUCAGCCUCAACCCCCUUUUCCUCCUCGUCUGACAAUAUCACAUCCUCUACCACCUCCACUGUCACCUCUCCUUUACUCCCAUCUACUGACACAUCCUUUACUUCCACUGAUGUUUCCCCCCUCUCUACAUCCUCCACUCCCCCCGCCCCCUCUUCUGUCACCACCACUACCACCACCAUCACCACCACCACACUUCCCACCAAAAACAUCAAGAAAAAGUUUGGCGACUUCUUUGCCUUCAAGAGGGCUCGAGCCGGCCGAGCCACCAAGGCAGGAGGGGGAGAGGGAGGAGGAGCAGAGGGGGUGAAGGUUAAAAGGACCUCCAUUGCAGACCUCAUUCGACCCCUCCGCGAGGCCAAAGAAAGAGAGAGAGAAAGGGAGAGAGAGAAGGGGAGAGGGGCAAGGUCAGUGGAGGAUGCUAACGUUUCUAACGAUGCCGCCACCACAGAAGGAACCGUUGCCACCAGCCAACACCUUGCAGGCGAUGCGAGGGGAACGAUGGCGCCCGCAAAGACAUUAACCACGACGACGCCUUCCAGUGAGGCCGCUCCCCCUCACCCCGUCAUCGCCACAAGCCCUGAACUCACCACCGUCACGAUUUCCAACCUGGAAGAAGAGGCCCUUCCUGUCUUGCCAGGUCGAUCCCCCAGUCCCGUAGUCACCUCCCCUCUCACUGAGGAGGGUGUGCAGAUGAAGGAAAUGAAGUUAGAGGGGACUCCGUACGGAGAGAGGAGACUGAAGGUGACCAAGAGGUCCCUGAGAGAAGGCAAGAGCCAGAGUCUCAUACUGCUGACGGGAUUAGAGCCUGAAGACAAGGAUGACACACACAGUAAGAAACAUGCGUCUGAGAGCACGUCUAGUUUUGAACAGAGGCUUCAGGUGAUGCUGCACAGAAUGGGCGUGGCCAAAACUCCACCUGCCGACACCAAGGCGAGCCAGAAUAAAGAUGAGGAGCUCAGAAAGGCCAACUCUGAAGGUGCGAUCCUGGACAAACCUGUACCACCUCCCACAUUCAUGAAGCCCAGAACCAUGUCCACUUCAUCAGCUGACCCCAGGCAUCCUAUUAAAGCGCUGGACCCUAUCCGACCAGAGCUGCCCCUUUACCCGAAGCCCGCCAUGCCACCCAAACCUGCCAUCGCAGCCAAACCCUCCCUCCCCACCCCCGCUUCUCCUUCAGGAGGAGGAGUUCGUCCCUCCUCUGCUUCUCCUUCCAGCAGCACAGGGAGAGUCCAGCUCAGAGCACACACUCAUGAUGGCAGGUCAGGAGAGACUACAGCACAGAAUGGAAGCCAGGAGCAUCCCUGGGGUGCAGCCUCAGCUCCAUCCUGCAGGAAGGAGCUGCUUUCUCCAGCCUCGUCUACAUGGAGGGGUCCCGGCACACAGGAUCGCGCUGAGAAAGCACAAUCAGUGACUGACGAGAGUCUUCCUAAGACACGACAACACUUGAAGCCCCUCCCACAACGCAGAGCUGUAUCCGUCCAUGAGGACACUCUGGCCAUGACACAAGAGCUGAAGGCAGUGUUACAGAGGUCGCCCAUCCGUUUCCGGGGCAACAGAGGCGACCUGCCCACCUGCACUGAAGAUCCAUCUAGUGGGGAGGAAGCACAACGAGCUCAGGAGAAUAAAAGAGCCAGUGGCACAGGGAAACAGACAGCUGAAGAAAAGGAGGAGGAGCCUAAGUUAGAGAGAGGAAGGAUGGGCUGUGGAGGGACGGUAGCUGAAACCCAGCAGGAAACCCCAGGCUUGGGGUGUUCUUGUAUAGCUCAAGCUCAACAAGAAGCACCAGCACCCCAACCACUUUUCAGUCCAUCUGCAGCCCUCGACAAAGCUCCAACCAUCGUAGAGAGGCCUCCAACACUAACCCAAAGCCUGGAAAAGCCUCCUGUAACUGCCACGUCAGAGAAAAAGAGCCCCAGCACAGCCCCAACUUUGUCCAAAACUGUAGAAAAACUGCCGGUGUUCCCACUGACCCAAGAAAAGGCUCCCAGCACAAUCCCAGGUGCAUCCGAAUCCCCCGAAGACCCCAAAGUGAGCCCUCUGUCCCACAAGAAGAAGAGCCCCGGUACAGUACCAGCCACAGCGGAUGUGACAAACAGCACACAGGAGCGCGGAGAGGCAGUCUCUAAACAGCACACAAUGAAGGCAGAGCCAGCAGACCAAAGAACUGAGCCUCCUCUGUCUGAAUAACACACACAGACUGAAUAACAUCAAAAAAGACACACCUGGGAGAGAGAGGAGGGAGGGGUCUGUGACAUCACUGAGAUCAGGAACAUGGAGGGUAUAUGAGGUCUAAGAAUAGCAUGGAUGGUGAACCCUCCUGUAUGAUACAGCUGCUGUGUCCCAUGUCAGGGCUGUCUUC